CUCACACUCAAAAAACAAGAAAAAAAAUGUCCACUGCUACUAAACUCAAGAACUUUGUUCCUCUCCUUGACCGUGUCUUGGUUCAACGUGUCAAAGCUCAAGAAAAAACUGCUUCUGGUAUCUUUAUUCCUGAGAAGGCUCAAGAAGCCUUGAAUGAAGGUUAUAUUGUUGCAGUGGGUAAAGGUGCUCUUGACAAAGAAGGUAAACAUAUUCCUCUUCAAGUCAACACAGGUGAUAAGGUCAUCCUUCCUCCUUUCGGUGGUAACCCUGUUAAAGUAGAAGGACAAGAAUAUUUGUUGUUCCGUGAUUCUGAAAUCCUUGCCAAAGUGACUGAAUAAAAGACCUGAAAGAAUGACAUGAUUUAGAUAGUUUGUAUUUUUAAAAAAAAAGCGAUAAUAAAAAAGAAUAAAUCUGCACUAUAAA